CUAAUGUACAAACGACGGGACAGAGACAGAGCCACAGUCCCCUCCCCGAAUUCAUCGUGGGGGACAACUAAAGCCGUUAAUUAAGGGAAAGGGAGAGCGAGAGAAGUGAUGGAGGCAAGCAGGGGUGUUUAUAGAUUUGUUUGCCGUAGAAUAAUCUGUGCGCGUGCGGCAAAUCAGUACACAGCAGAAACACCAUCUGUUUCCUCCGAGGCUAGGACUCAAAUGUGGUCCAGAUCCGGGCGAGACAGCUGCUUAUUGCAGGACUGGUGGGCUGUCUCCCGUAGCCUCCCGUAGCCUCCCGUAGCCCGUCAACCAGUAGGAUUUCUGAAUUUAAAAACCACUCUCACCGACUGCGAAAGCGGGAACAUGAUGAUGAGAGAAUAUGCGAACUAAUAUCGUUGAGAGAGUAAAGUAUUUACAUGUUUUGAUCUGUAUCCUAUAGCUGCUUUAAUUUCCGAGAAUUGAUAACGUUUAAAAGGACUGAAUUGGAUGAGGAUAGCCUAUCACAAAACUGCAUUAAUGUGUUAAUGCUGAAAUCAUCCUGGAUGCUUUGAAGGCUGCUACGAGUGUGGUCCAUCCAUUCCCCUCCAUCGAUGAAGCGCUUGCAACGGCUGAAAACAAACGAAAUUAAUUGCAUGGUCAUUAUUUGAUAUCAAAAAUAGGUGAGCCUGCCGCGUUUUUAUGUUCAUUAAUAGGCUAUUUUGUGUUGAAUUGUGGGUUUUAUUUUGUCCAUUGAGAAUGCACUUUGCUGCAGUAACGGACAGUGAUACAAAACCUAGUGACAUUGUUACAUUUAGGAUAAAGUCAUAUGUAACCACACGUGUGAUCACGUUGCAUUUGUUAAAGUAGGCCUAGGCUAUGUAUUAUGGCUUUCGUAUUUUACGUGUUUGUUUAAGCCAAUAGACAUACUUCUCCGCCAGUUUUAUAAAUGCAUUAUAAAAGUCUAGCAAAUUAUUUGAUUGCAAAUGAAUAUGUUUUGUAUAAAAUAAAAAUAUAAACUUGCGCUGAUUCAGAUUAACUUAACUUUUUGAUUCAAGAACUGCCUUUUAUUGCUAUUUGAGUUCUGAGAAUAGAUUCCUUAUCAUAAACUACCUAUCCAAGGUGAAUGGAUAGGGGAUAGCCACCAUUCGUUUAGUAGCCUCGAUUUUCCACAGGUGUCUGGACUCCAAAUGUAGCCUAUUUAGUUUAUAUAAGAAGACUUAUCUCCUAUAUCUCACUACAGAUAGGCCAUUGAGAAACUAGACAGAUUUAUUCAGAGACACUGUCCACAAGCGAAAUCUAUUGGAAGAUUAUAUUUCCUCAUUUUGAAACGCGCUUUACUGCCUACCAACAGGGAGUCCGUAUACAUUUUGGCCUUGACGAGGUGCCGUUAAAAUGGGAGACAACAUGUCCAAAAGAUUGAAAUUAGUGUCGGCUACGGAAGCGGAGAUGGAGGAAAGAUCUUUUAUCAACCCAUACCCCGACUGGGACCAUGGAGUCUUCACGUCUUCCAAUUCAGGAACGGACAAUGACUGCAACGAGCCUUUCGACGAAAAUGGAAAGAUCAGCGAGGCAUUCCAGAAGAAGGUGCAGAACAAGAUCAAGGACCUGCUGCAACAGAUGGAGGAGGGCCUGAAGACGGCCGACCCCCACGACUUCUCCACCUACACGGGCUGGACAGGUAUUGCCCUGCUCUACCUGCAGUUGCACCGGGUGACCCGCGAGGCCUCCCACCUCCAGAGGGCGCAGGAUUAUGUGAAGAGGACCCUGAGGAUCCUGAACGGCCGCAAGGUCACCUUCCUGUGUGGGGAUGCAGGGCCACUGGCCGUUGCUGCCGUGGUGCACCACCGCCUCAAGAACCAGACAGAGAGUCAGGAGUGCCUCACCAAGUUGCUCCAGCUGCAGCGUGGGGUGGUGUCUGCAGACUCUGAGAUGCCGGAUGAGCUGCUGUACGGGCGGGCCGGCUACCUGUAUGCCCUGCUCUAUGUCAACAAGGAGAUAGGACCAGACACUGUGGAUGAGACCACCAUCGCCAGGGUUGUAACAGCCAUCUUGGAGUCGGGGAAGAACAUGGCCAAAGAGGAGAAGAAGGCGGAGAAGUGCCCACUGCUCUACGAGUGGCACAAGAAGCAGUACGUUGGCGCUGCCCACGGCCUGGCGGGCAUCUACUGCAUGCUGAUGCAGCCCAGUGCUAAGGUGAACCAGGAAGUCCUAUCUGAGUUGGUGCGGCCCAGUGUGGACUACGUCCGCCACAAAAAGUUCCGCUCGGGGAACUACCCGUCGUCGCUAAGCAACGAGACGGACCGGCUGGUGCACUGGUGCCACGGGGCGCCAGGAGUGGUGCACAUGCUCAUCAUGGCACACAAGGUGUUUAAGGAGGAGAAGUACCUGAAGGAUGCUGUGGAGUGUGGGGAGGUGAUCUGGCAGAGAGGCCUGCUAAGGAAAGGUUACGGUAUUUGUCACGGCACGGCGGGCAACGCCUACUCCUUCCUCACCCUCUAUCAGCUCACCCAGGAGAAGAAGUACCUCUACCGUGCAUGCAAGUUUGCUGAGUGGUGUCUGGACUAUGGAACCCACGGCUGCAGAAUCCCAGACAGACCGUAUUCUCUGUUUGAAGGUAUGGCCGGGGCUAUCCACUACCUGUCAGAGUUGACCCAGCCGGAAUCUUCCUGCUUCCCUGCAUUUGAACUUUAACCUUUGGGGGCAUAGACGGACCUCAUUCCCCUCCCAUUCUGAAUAUUGUGGAACAUAGGGCGAGUGCAAUGAGCAGGGCUCUUGGAUGAGGGGGUUGGAGGUGUAGGGGUGCAAUGGACCCCCGGGGUCUUGACGAAGGGAACCCUCAGCCCAGGACCCCGAACUGCAGCCUGGGAGGGAUGUCCCCUGCUGCUGUUUUUCAGACACAUCGACAGAGGAAAAACACCCGAAAGCCCUUUAACUCUGUAAACACUGUGUGUACAAUGUUGGGUUUUGUUGUGAAUGGGAAGAAAUUGCUGUUUUGUUCGUGGGUCUUUGCCUCUGCAUGCCUAUCCAGAUCUCCUCCUCUGUAUGUGAUCUCUAAUCCUUGUCCCACACCAGUUAGUGAGACUCCCUCCUCUUCCCUUGAGACUGUCAUUGUCUUUGCAUGGGGAUGUCAGAAAACAUGUAUUAGCCUUGGAAUGUGCUCAUGUGCGUGUCAGUCAAAUGUUAAUGUCUAACAGUAAAGUGGCAUGGUUCUUGGUAUGUCACUGUGUUUUGUCCCAUUUCCAUGUGGUUAAUGUGCUGAAGAGAGGACUUUGUUAAAUGCCGCGUUGACCUUUUCCCGUGGAUAUUGUUUCCCCUCAGGCGAACAGUGUUACAUUAUGAAUGUUGUACAAUAAACUGAGCUUCAAUUGCUGACUUA